GAGCGCAGGUGGGAAGGAGGCGGUCUGAGCACAGAGAAGGGGUGGUGCUCCUGGACACUGAUCCUCACUGAUCCACGGCCAGACAGAGCCAGUGCUCUCCCCCGAGAUGCAGCCGCCGGUGCCCGGGCCCCUGGCCCUGCUGGACAACACAGGGUUUGCCAGAAGAAAGACCUCACUUUGGUUUGUGGGGUCGCUGCUGGUGGCGUCCGUCUGUAUCCUGACCAUCGGCCUCGCGGCCACCACCAGGACAGAGAACGUGACCGUGGGGGGCUACUACCCAGGGGUCAUUCUGGGCUUUGGAGCUUUCUUGGGGAUUAUCGGCAUCAACCUGGUGGAGAACCGGAGGCAGAUGCUGGUCGCGGCCAUCGUGUUCAUCAGCUUCGGCGUGGUGGCGGCCUUCUGUUGCGCCAUCGUGGACGGCGUGUUUGCUGCUCGGCACAUAGAGCCCAGGCCGCUGGCUGCGGGAAGAUGCCAGUUUUUCUCCAGUGAGGUGGCUUAUGUGCAUGACGCCUACCAGACAGAGGUCACCUGUCACUCCUUUAACGGCCAGUGCCCGCUGAAGGUGAAAAGCAGCACCUGUUACUGCUGUGACCUCUACAAUUGUCAGAGCGCCGAACCUUCUCCCACCUACUACGAGUUCGUGGGCGUGAGCAGCUGUCAGGAUGUGCUUCACCUGUACCGGCUACUCUGGGCCUCAGCGGUGCUGAACGUCCUGGGCGUGUUCCUGGGCAUCCUCACGGCAGCUGUCCUGGGGGCCUUCAAGGACAUGGUCCCUCUGUCCCAGCUGGCCUAUGGCCUCUCCGCUGCACCCCAGAUCCUCUGCAACCCUGCCCAGCAGGUCCUGGCCUACACGGGCUUCUGCCCACCAUCCGCACCCCUCCCCACCUGCUCAUCCUACCCUCUGCCUCUGCAGCGCUGUGGCCAUCUCCCAGCCUCGACUCCCAGGGACCCUCCUCUGUCUGAGGAUUUGCAGCCUCCCAACGACCCCCCUCUCUGUGCUCCAGCCCACUUCCUUCCAGGAGAGAAGCCUCCCCCCUACACUCCCUGACACACAGGGGGUAGGUUGAAAAAUAGGUUUUUGGUUAAAAAAGCAGCCGCUACAAACCCUGCUUCUGUGGCCAACCUCCUAGAGACGUCAGGGGAAUGUUCCAGAAGUCCACACCCUCUCUCCCCUCCUGGGCGAAUCCAUGGGCAGAGAGGCCAGGACCAGCGGUGGGGACGGAACCCCAGGUGACUGAGACCCCCCCAGGCUGCACCUCUGCUCGGCCACCCAGCCCAGAGUGUAAGCCGGACACUAGACAGAUCCAGCGUGUCCACCUGGAGCCCCCUUGGUCUGGUCCUCUGUCAUCGCUCACUAAAAAGCUGCUUCCUCACUGUCCUCUUAAUGAGUUAGUUAUUAUUUUGCAAAGGGAAUACGGCUCAGCAUACCCUGUGUGAGGAUCAUGUUUCAAGGACAUGUGUUGUAUGUUCACAUGUUUAUAUGGUGUCCUCAAGAAGUGCAUGGUCUCCAUGCUCAGAGCUGUGUUCUCUCGGCAUUUACUUGCUGGGGAUAAAAAGAUGCUUUGGCUCAAAUUCCAGCACUGCUUGUAAAGUGUGUGUUCACUGAGGUCUGUGCACGCUCCGUGUCCAAACCUGCCGUCCCACCUGCAGAAAGGCUUGCUAUCCCAGGCCACCUGUUUCCUACCCAAGGCAUCCGGACUUCUGGCUGCCGCAUGUGCGGUCCCCCUUGCCUGCAGGGCAGAUGCCUCUCAGCCUCUGUGUUCCGAGUGACCCCUGGGGUGCGCAGCUCCUGAGGCCCUUCCACAGAACCUGGAGUGAGCUCUGACUUACGGACCAGCACUAGUGACCCAGGCACCUGGUGCUGCUGGUGGGCACACCCCUGGGAAAUGACCAAAUCCUGGUUGAGUGACAGGCCCGAGUCCUAAAGUACAGUCC